AUUUAAGGUUCAACCUAUUCACCACAAGCUAGGACGUUUGGAAGAACUGAAUGAAAGUCUUAGACGGGUAGAGAAAGGCACCGAUUGACAUCUUCAGGUUAUCUUGUCAGAGUAAGCAGGCUAAAAGGGUAGAGAAAGUAGAAAAUUCAUUUUAAUUUUUGCAGUGGGAACGCUGCUUUCAGAAUCAAAGUUGCAGGUACAUUUAGAGGGUGUCAGGAUCAAGGACCGACACACUGCCCCACACAAGUGAGAAUACUAGUGGGAUAAAUACAGACAGAACGCACGAUGGAUCGCAAAAUCCCCGAUUUUGCUGGUACCUGGAAAAUGAAAAGCUCAGAGAACUUCGAGGAGCUUCUCAAAGCACUGGGUGUGAAUGUGAUGCUGCGUAAGAUUGCGGUCGCAGCCGCGUCAAAGCCAUCCGUGGAGAUUACGCAGGAUGGAGAGACACUUUCAAUCAAGACCUCCACCUCUGUGAGGACCACCCAUGUCACCUUCACAGUUGGACAGGAGUUUAAUGAGGCCACUGUGGAUGGACGUCCCUGCACGAGCUUCCCUUGUUGGGAAACAGACAGCAAAAUUAGCUGUGAACAGACUUUGCAGAAGGGCGAGGGUCCAAAAACCUCAUGGACCAGGGAGAUAACCAAUGACGGCGAACUGAUUCUGACAAUGACCGCAGAUGAUGUGGUGUGCACAAGAGUUUAUAUCAGAGAGUGAAAGUAUGAGGAAAAAGGAAGAACAUCCAUCCAUAUCACUGUCUUUCCUCAUUAACCAUUGACUGUGAUUUUAUAUCAUCUAUUUCCUUUCUGCCUCAUCUCGUCUUUCUUUUUUUGUUGACAAUGUAUUUGAAUAAUACAUGACAGAGCCAUGCAAAUAAUUCUUGCGAGGUUCCAGAAAUCCAAGCAAAGAUUUUUUUUUUUAAACUGGGCCCUGAUUGGUCAUUUAACAAACACAUAAUUUGUGCUGAAAAGCACUUUUGAGGGUUGGUCUCCACAUAGAUGAAGACCUGGAUAUCUAAAGCUUGAAAAUCAGUCUUUGGUAAGACGGUUCACAUUCACCACUGUAAAAAUCUCAGAAAAGUCACAUUUAUCAUAAAUCACAGAACUUUCACAAACAAAAUCUACACGAGUGGAUGGUGGAAGGGUGGAAGAUUUCCCCAUUCAAUUUUCGCAACGGAUUCAACUGACAGUGGACUUGUGUGAGCUAUGCUUCAUAAAUCACCACACUAAUGGCAAUAGACAAUGGACUUUUAUUUUUGCCUGCAAAAUUUUGUGAAUGUAACCGUGCCUUAAGAUUGUACAUCAAAGUAUGAUAUGCCCUCGGAACAUGUUUAUGAAGUUCAGUCCAUAAUUUUUUUUAUUUUCUCAGUUGACCUUUUGUUUAGCUCUGUCUUGAAAUAUUACUGACCAAUCCUAACUUACCAACCGUUCUCAGACAGGCUUUUACUUUCUAACUCUAUGGAGAAUCUAUCUAUGGAUUGCUUUUAAAUUUUAUUUUAUAGUUUAAUUCAGUUAAUUGUGAGAAGUGUAUGCCUUCAUUCUGAUUUGCUGUGGCCAAAGUUACUCGUUACAGCAUAACUUAACAAUGUUUUAAACGAAAAAUGGCUGAUAAAAUGCUUUUCAACUUCAAUUCAUUCCAGCCCAAGAAAGGACAAUAUUCUAUUGGUUAAAAUCCUGCUCUUCAUGGAAAUCUCCAGUUCAUUCCUAUGCGACGUUCUGUAAAUCUUGUCUGAAUUAGCGACAGUUCCAAAGGGGGCGGAGCUAAGCAAAUGGUCAAUUGUGAUUAGAAACCCCUGAAUCUUCAAUCCCAACCUUCUUUUUUCCUCUUUAUUUUUGUAUAUAUUUUAAUAAAAACUGAAUCUGAAUUUUCA